AGUUCCAGGUCGCCAAAAGAAACGAUCUUGGAGGCUUUCUGUUCUUGCGUAUUCCAUACCAUGGGAGGAGGCGAUCUCAAUUUGAAGAAAAGUUGGCAUCCCGUCACUUUUAAGAACCAAGAGCGAGUAUGGAAAGAGGAAAAGAAACAUGCAGAGGAACAGCGAAAGAUCGAACAGAUGAAGAAGGAGUUGAUGGAGGAGAGACAGUUGCAGGACUUGCAACGAUUACAGGAAGAUUCAGGCGGCAGAAAACGGUCCGAAAGAGUCGAUUGGAUGUACGCAGCACCUAAUGCAGGAGGACGAAGCGGUGGAGUCAACAGUGAAAUGGAAGAGUUUCUGUUGGGUAAAAAGAAUGUGGAUGAAUUACUACGAAGUAAAUCCAGUCGAGAGGAGGUCGCUUCCACCGCCGAUCGAUUCGCUUUGAGCAAUGCCAAUGCAAACAACGAACGAGAUAUCCAGGCCAAAAUUCGGGAAGAUCCUUUGUUGAUGAUCAAGAAACGGGAGCAGGCAGCCGUCAAGGCCAUUGUGGAUAACCCUCUUCGCAUGAAGGAAUUAAGAAGACAGAGCAAGGAUAAAAAGAAGAAGAAGAAAGAUAUUAGAGACAAAUCCGACCGACACUCCAAACACAAGUCCGAUCGCCACCAUUCAAAAGAACGUCGAUCGGACCAUCGCCACGAUCGUCAUUCGCACGAUCGUCACUCCACCAGUCGGUCAGACCGCCACCGCUCUCGCUCCAGAGAUCGAUCAGAACACCGUUCUCGUCGUCAUUAAUCGUCCCACAUUUACCAUGCGUCGGCUGCGGCGAACAACCGCAGCCAAGAACAAGGAAAAAAAGUUUGAUUUCGUCGAAAAACUCCAGCAAUCAUUGUUUCGCGAAACUUAUCAUUUGUACAUAUUGUGGAAUUCUUUUACUAAACUUCGUGGGUUGAGCAGCCACUGUUAAAAUAUACAUAUUGUUUAUCCGCCGGAAAUAAACAUAUGAUCUCCCUCGAUCUUACUUGCGUUCUCGGCAUUCUUGAUAGUUACAUAUUUCCGCAUGAACAUGAUGAAAAGCAAAAGAAAUGACAGCCACCACGACCAAAAAUGAGAUCACGUAAUAGCUGCAUAUCUGUUGUACUCAGCAAGGUGCAUAAUCACGAUUUAUUCCAUCGUCCCUGUGUAAACACUCCCUGUAUACUGCCAAGGGACUUUGAAACAACUGUCGACAAAACUUAUCCGUAGUAAUGGUCACUCUC